CAUGAAUUGGCUCAUUUGUGCUUUCAAGCCUUCUGAGAUUUGCUUGGUGAUUUUUACACAGAUAGUGGGAUUGGACACCACAGAGGGAGGCCUUGGUGUUAGUGUCUGCAAUGAAAAUAAGUUACAUGUAUGGGAGACUAAGCGUGGCACUGUCCGGCGAACCCUCUGUGGACACAUGGGGGAUGUGUACACAUGCCACUUUUUCCCAUCGGGUGUGGUGAUUCUGAGUGGAGGUGCAGACAUGCAGUUGCGCAUAUGGUCUGCUGAGACUGGUGAAUGUCCAGUUGUCCUUGUUGGACACAUUGGUGCCAUCACUGACACAGCUAUCAUUGAUCGAGGACGCAACAUCAUCUCUGUCUCCAAGGAUGGAACUGCACGAUUGUGGGACUGUGGUGAGAGCCGAUGCCUUGAGAUCCUUCAUAAUGCACAUUCAGUGGUGAAUGCCUGCUCCUUGCAUGCUUCCCCCUUGCUCAUGAACAAGUCUCCUUCCACACCUGUCAGUGAUAGGGAAGUGGCUACAGAGGGAAAGAUGCUGCUGCUGGCCUGUGAGGCAGGGAACCUUCAGGCAUUGGAUGUGCGAAACCGGGAGCUCCUCUUCACAUUUCCCUGCCCUGAUGCAGCCAACUGUGUGGCCUGGCUCACUGAGCACCACUUUGCAGUUGGAUGCCAGAAUGGAGAUGUGUUGCUUGGGGACAUCCGCAGCAGCACUUUGUUCCCUGUGCUGGCCUUCACUGACUCUGCCAGUCCAGCCCUGUCCCUGCUUCGUUGGGGAGAAGGGAACCGCUUGUUUGUUGGGCGCUCCGAUGGCACUGUAAUUGGCUACUCAUCUGACCCAGCUCAGCCCAAGCUCCAGCUUACUGGGUCUGACUGUGAUUCCAUCUAUGGCCUGAGUCAGGAUUCCUUCCAUGUCUAUACAGCCUGCCGUGAUGCUACCAUCCGCAAGUACAAGAUUGACUCACUGUUCUGAGUGGUCUGGAACCAGGAAAUGAUUUUGGACUGUGAUUUUUCUCUGCAUUCUGGGGACAUCCAAGUGCAAAAUUCUCAAUAUGUUCAGUUUUCUCAAUUGCUUAUGUUCAUAGAAUCUUAUUAUUAUAUCAACCUCCAUAAGCUUCAAGAUGCCACUGUCAAGAGCUGUUUUUGACAUUUUCUUCCUAAAAAGAGUGGAGCA